UUAGUUACAGCGUUUCUCACAUCCGUUCGCCGUCCGCACUUGCACCACUGUUCGUGUUGCUUUGCGGGUGAAAAAAGGUGCCACCGGUGCUGCUGCAGUGACUGAAAAAUCUCACCGCAAAAUCGUGGUCGCCAUACAGUCGGAAAUUUUCAUGUAAGCCGCGUAGUGAUAGUGGAACUUCACCAAAAGAUUGCCUUCGUAGUGACAUCACAUCGCGUCAAGCAAAACCGCCGCAAUUAUUGCAACGUUUUGGAAGAGUCCACGCAUUGGAAGCAGACAGCGCGCAGAGCUACACAAGCGGUGACGUACCGGCGGAAAGCGACUGUCCAGUGCAAGAAGAGGAGAUAAUAGACCAGCGUAUGGAUGCGAUACUACAGCAAGUGAACGCUCUCAAACUACGAUUUGACCGUCGUGAAUCAGUACGUAGGCAAGUUUUCGACCAGCAGCGUCAACAACCGUCGGGCGGUAGUUCCAAUCUCCAACAAGGACAGAUGCCUGAGGCAACAAUCGCUCGUGGGCCACCUGCGGUGAUAAUGUGCUGGAAUUGUGACGAAGAGGGACACCGUUUCAUGGACUGUGCUGUUCUGCUACCGCUGUGGACAGAAGGGAUUCUCGCUACGAAGUUGUCCGACGUGCCGUCAACGUUCGGGAAAUGCGAUAGCGGGGAACCAAUAACCGAGGGAGCAGAGUCCUCGCAUCAAGUCAACGAUCCCUCAACAAUACCAGACACACUCGAGAUCAGUUCACUGAUCAUCAACCUCGACAAUGACAAUCGCCCUCACGCAGUAGUAGAAGUUCUCGGCAGGCAGAUCACAGGAUUACUCGAUAGUGGCGCCAACUGCUCCAUCCUAGGAGGCGAUCACACGAAGUUAGCACAGGAGUUAGGACUACAGAAAACAGUACUUGAAGGAGGAAUACGAACAGCAGACGGCACCGAGCACAGGAUACAGUCCUACACUCGGCUACCGGUAGCCUACAACAACAAGAACGAAGUCGUCACCAUGUUGAAACCGAAAUUCACAAUUGCUGCCCUAGUACAGGAGUUCUGCGAACAACCGGCGAUAAGAGCUACUAAUCUUGUUAGCUUACGUAAGUUAGUGUCAACGUCCGAUGAAGUCAUCCGACAACUCAGCGCCCUUGGCCCAUCCUGCGAAACGAGAGAUCCGUGGUUGAAUUACAUUGUAAUUAAGAAGUUGGAUGAAACUCUUCGAGCGCAAUGGGCACAACAUAUUGUUGAUAACGACGAACCAACUUUCGACGACAUGCUCAAGUUUCUGAAAAGAAAGUGCGAAGCAUUGGAGACUUGUGCAGCAUUUGGUGGAAGACUCCCGGAGUGUAAAAAGGAAGUUCAGCGAGAUGAUCGCAAACCAUAUGCCAUCAAAAAAGAAAUCAAAGCUUUCGGUGCAGUGCAACAGUUGUGUCCAGUUUGCGACAAAACACAGGACUGCAUCGUUUUCAAAGAGUCUUCCGUCAACGAAAGACGCGAACAAGUUCAACAAGCGAAGCUCUGCUACAAUUGUUUGCGACCAAACCACUGCGUCAAAUACUGCUCAUCGAAAUCCGUAUGCCGCACACCAAAUUGUAAACAACGCCACCAUACAAUGCUUUGCAAAGGAACGAUCUCGCAGUCGGAAACAGAGGUACAGUCACCUCAAGAGAUUACUGCAGCGGUCGAAUUUAAUCCUGCGGUAUUAUGUUCGACCAACGUCAAAAACAUCAGUUCUUCUGUUGUCAUCGGACUAUUACCUACUGCUCUAGUACGAGUGAAGCGAAACGACGAUCAGUAUCAAGAAGUCAGAGUGAUGAUUGACAGCGGAUCGCAGGCAUCUCUAAUAACGGAACAUUGUGUGGCCAAUCUUGGUUUGCACCGAAGUAAUGCUAACUUAAUUGUCACUGGGAUUGCAAGCUGCUCAUCGGAAACCACCAGAGGAGUCGUAGACUUGCAGAUUUCGUCUCGCUUCCGCUACGACAUGCUGCUUAACGUCAAAGGUUAUGUGCUGUCCAAGUUUCCGCGGAUUACACCAAACCAGCAAUUGGAUCCUGAACGGUUGAAGUAUUUGGAUUCAUUGCAGCUAGCAGAUCCAGAUUUUGGUAAACCAGUAAGAAUAGAUAUAAUUCUUGGAGCUGAUGUUUUUCUGGCAAUUUUGGAAGACGGCAAGAUUAGAGAUGAUUCGGGAUUACCAGUGGCGAUAAACUCAAGUUUUGGUUGGAUCGUCGCUGGCCAAGUUUUCGAAAGCAACGAGGGGAACUGCAAUACGGCUAUCGUUAGUCUCAGCAUGGAUAUGGACAUCGACAAGGUGCUACGGAAAUUCUGGGAGGUAGAGGAAAUCAGCAAGCCGAAACUGUUAACACAAGACGAGCAGCAAGCAGUGAACAUUUUCGAUACCACGCAUCAUCGGGAUGAUACCGGAAGAUUUACGGUGCGUCUACCAUUCGACGAAAGCAAACCAACGUUGGGGAAAUCUUUACCAGCGGCAAUACAGCGGCUGAAAGCGAUGGAGAGGAAAUUUGCAAGAGAUCCAGAUUUCAAAAGAAUGUACGGUGAGUUCAUGGCCGAGUAUCUUGACCUUGGUCACAUGGAGCGGAUUAGAGAUGACGAGGUGAACGUUUCCCCAGAGAAGAGUUUUUAUCUUCCACAUCACGGUAUCAUGCGGCAGGAUAGUGUUACCACCAAACUGCGAGUCGUUUUUGACGGUUCGUGUCAAUCGUCAGCUGGAAUUUCAUUGAACGAAAAACUGCUGACCGGGCCGAAAGUUACUGAAGAUCUUCCCAUUAUCCUCACCCGUUUUCGUAGCUAUGCGUUUGCCUUCAUGGCGGAUGCUGAAAAAGCAAAUAUGGAUACAUCGUGAUGACGUCGACUAUCAGCGAAUUGUAUGGCGACCAGAACCGGGCAAACCGAUUGAACAUUACCGGUUACUGACAGUUACGUAUGGAACAUCUUGUGCGCCCUACCUUGCAGUAGAAGCAUUGCGGCAAGCAGCUCGUGAUUCAUGUAUUAUAAAUUCAGUAGAAAAUCGAAUUAUAGCCGCUAUCGAAAUUGGAUUUUUCUCACAAUCCAUACGUUAAACCCAAUUUCGGAAGUGGUGCGCUGUAUAGCACAUCACAAAAUGAAAACAGCGCACCACUUCCGAAGUUAGGUUUAACGUGUGGAUUGUGAGAAAAAUCCAACUUCGUUAGCGGCUAUAAUUCGGGUUUGCACUGAAUUGAUAAUACACAGUAUCCAGUCGCAGCAGAUCGUGUCCGCAAAAACUGUAGAUGAUUUUCUCUCUGGGGCAGCCACAUUAGAAGACGCAGUUGCACUGAAGAAGGAUGUUGUUCGGAUUACUUCGGAAGCAGGAUUCCAUUUGCGAAAAUGGUCGGCAAACGAUCCUCGACUAUUGGAAGGAGAAGCGAAGGUUGAUAGAAGAGCGUCAGUUCCUGUGCAUCUACGUCAAGAUACGGAGUCAGUGAAAGCAUUGGGCAUACUGUGGUAUACGUCUGAAGACGCAUUUGGAUUCCAGUUGAAAUUCAACAUUGACAGGCCAAAUACUAAACGUCAACUUCUCUCGGACUCAGCACGACUGUUAGAUCCAUUAGGUUGGAUUUCACCAAUAAUUGUGCGAAUCAAAAUCAUAUACCGACAACUGUGGUUGCAUGAUUUGCAAUGGGACGAUCCACUUCCAGCCGCAAUCAAUCAGGAAUGGAACAACAUCAAAGCAAGCCUUUCUGUAAUCGAGGAUUUCCGCAUUCCAAGAUGGAUCGUUACUAACAACGGAUUUGCUGACGCGUCUGAGGCAGCAUAUGCAGCAGUCGUGUAUGCGAGAUCUAAAGACAACGGCGGAAAUAUCAGUGUUACGUUAAUUGCGAGCAAAACCAAAGUUGCUUCUAUUCAGCAAGUUUCACUUCCCCGGCUCGAGUUGAAUGCUGCGGUUCUGCUUGUGGAGCUGAUGAAGCAAGUUCUCGAAUCACUGGAUCAUCUGAAUGUUACCUGCAACGCGUGGACGGAUUCUACUGUCGUGCUAGGAUGGCUCUCAUCGCAUCCCAAGAAAUGGAAGACAUUUGUGGCAAAUCGUACUUCGGCUAUAUUGGAUUUCCUGCCACGUAGUUCAUGGCGUCACGUUUCUUCGAGCGAUAACCCUGCUGAUUGCGCAUCAAGAGGUAUAUUGCCAACGGAACUAGCUGAACAUAAGCUGUGGUGGACUGGUCCUGCAUUCCUGCUUUUGAGCGAAGAUAAAUGGAACUGCGAUGCAGAAGCGUUACUCAUCCAAGGAGGCAAUACGGAACUACGAGGAACUGUUGCAAUCGCCACGGUUGACGUGGAAUCCAAUUCCAAUUGGGAAUUUGAAGAGCAGCUGCUGAAACGAAGUACAUCGCCACACUGAACCAGCACUAUUGGGUAAUCGGAUGCCAGUCUGUGGUGCGCUCUGUUUUAAAUACUUGCGUACGCUGUGUGCGUUGGAAAGCUAAAACAGCAAACCAGUUGAUGGGAAGCCUGCCUUCGGUUCGAACCAUUAGCAGCAGGUGCUUUGAAAAUGUUGGAGUUGACUAUGCCGGACCUGUCACAAUUAAGGCUAUAUCGCAGUGUUUGUUUGCCUAGCAACCAAAGCCGUACAUUUAGAGGCAGUUACAGAUAUGUCGGCCAACACUUUCAUAGCAGCGUUGAAACGUUUUUGCGCUCGUCGUGGACUUCCUACUAACUGAGGCAUCCGCCUCAAGCCCGGGAGGAUAUCUAUGGUUAUCAGGGAACUGAAUUCAACCCUGGAAAAGAACAAAACUAUAUUUCAAGUAAAUCAACAUGUAUCAAAUAUUUUCAAGAACAGGAAGCGGUCCUGUCAUACAUAUUACUAAUGUCAUUGUUUUUUGAGUUCAGUUUUUCAAAUAAAGAAGAAA